GUCGUAUCUCAUUCGAUGUGCCUCACCUUUAGUACAAUUUCAGUCGUUUGCCGGGGAAGUUGCACUGCUGCACAAACUGUGUAGUUGGCGAAGACGUGUUAAUACUACUACUAAUAGUUAAAAAGAAUAAUAAAAAAUUGAAAAUAAAAAUUACAAAAAAAGAAAAACGGUGAACAGCGACGAUAGCAGCGCCAACGUCAUUGCAGUAUUCUGGCCAGCGAAAAUAUUAAAAAUAAAAAUAAGCUGAAUAAAGUGAUAAACAAUUAAGAGCGCCGCGUUACUGGAAAAGCGUUCGAUUCAGUUGAUGGUGGUGGAACACAGACUGCUGGAACAUCAGGUGCCGGCGGUGGUGGCGGCGGCGGAGGUGGUGGAGGCGGAGGAACUCGAAACACAACCAGUUCGGGCAACAUGUAUGCCACCCGCCAAACUGUAGGCGCCUCAACGGGGGUACUUAUGGUCGGACCAAAUUUUCGUGUUGGUAAAAAAAUUGGCUGUGGUAAUUUCGGAGAACUGCGUUUAGGUCGACGCAUGUGCUUUUUCGGUGGCAGCAGCAGCAGCAGCACUGUUGCCGGUUCAAGUGGCAGGGGCAGUGGCAAUGGUAGUUCUAGUUCUGGCGCCACCGCUGCAGCAGGCAAAAAUCUGUACAACAAUGAACACGUAGCAAUAAAAAUGGAGCCUAUGAAGUCAAAGGCUCCACAACUACAUUUAGAGUAUAGGUUUUAUAAACUAUUAGGAUCACAUGAUGACUGCCCAGAGGGUAUACCGCGUGUGUAUUAUUUGGGCACAUGUGGUGGCCGUUAUAAUGCCAUGGUAUUAGAGUUAUUGGGACUGUCCUUAGAAGAUCUCUUCAAUAUUUGUUCCCGUAAAUUUUCUCUUAAGACUGUACUGAUGAUAUCUAAGCAACUUCUCCACCGGAUCGAAUAUGUUCAUAGUCGGCACUUAAUCUAUAGGGAUGUGAAACCCGAGAACUUCCUCAUAGGCAGAACAUCGACGAGGCGGGAAAAAAUUAUACACAUAAUUGAUUUCGGUUUGGCCAAAGAAUACAUUGAUUUAGAUACAAAUAGGCAUAUACCAUAUCGGGAGCAUAAAUCUCUCACCGGCACCGCACGUUAUAUGUCAAUAAAUACACACAUGGGCAGAGAGCAAUCAAGGCGCGAUGAUUUAGAAGCAUUAGGACAUAUGUUCAUGUAUUUCUUAAGAGGUUCACUGCCGUGGCAAGGCCUUAAGGCUGAUACACUUAAAGAAAGAUAUCAAAAAAUUGGUGAUACAAAACGUGCAACACCCAUUGAGGUGCUUUGCGAUGGACACCCCGAAGAAUUUGCAACUUAUUUGCGUUAUGUGCGGCGAUUAGAUUUUUUUGAGACGCCCGAUUAUGAGUUUCUGCGAAGACUGUUUCAAGACUUAUUCGAUCGUAAGGGCUAUGUGGAUGAUGGAGAAUUCGACUGGACAGGGAAGACAAUGUCAACGCCCGUCGGAUCUCUGCAAACUGGCCAUGAAGUCAUCAUUUCACCAAAUAAAGAUCGUCAUAAUGUAACAGCUAAGACAAAUGCCAAAGGAGGUGUUGCUGCGUGGCCGGAUGUGCCAAAACCAGGCGCCACCCUUGGCAAUCUAACACCGGCCGAUCGGCAUGGUUCAGUGCAGGUUGUGAGUUCCACAAAUGGCGAAUUGAAUGCGGACGACCCGACUGCUGGCCACUCAAAUACUCCUAUAACGCAACAGCCCGAAGUGGAGCUUGUCGAUGAAACAAAUUCAUUCCUGUGUUGUCUUUGCAGAUGUUGUUGUUUCUUUAAACGAAAGAAGAAGAAAUCAUCACGUCAAAAAUGACUAGACGGUGUCCAAUGUAGUCCAGAACGCGAAGCGGUAACACUGCUGCGCGCCACUUCACAUUCAAAUUCACGGGAUAGCGUAUUGAAUAAUCCUAGUCAGGAUUAUAUACAACAGGCAACGUCACAGCAUACGUUGCGUUAUCCUCCAUCCGCGUCGAUGUUGACGCCAACACCAACUACAAACACACCGACACUUCCGUUGUAAUUUAUAAAUACAUACAUGCAUACAAACAAACACACAUACUACAAUACAUUUACCAUUUAUUAAAUUUAAAUGAAAGUUAAAAAAUCAAAAAAAAAAAAAACAAAAAAACAACAAACGUAAAAAAAUAUUAUAAAAAUCAGCUGAAAAAAUACAAAAAGAAAGUAAAAGAAUCAUGAAAAAAUGGAUGUAAAAUCCACACAAAAAAAGUAAUAUGUAAUUACACAAGCCCACACAAAUUUCAUUUAAAUUAUUAACAGAAAAGCGAAAAUUGUAAAACAGAAACAAACACAAUAACAUCAAGAAAACGGCAGAAACCCGAAAAAUACUAAACGUAA